CAUCGAAAAUAUCAAUUGCUUCAUAUCUAUUCUAAGCGUCUGUUUUCUCUGGCGCGCUGUAUUUAAGUUGAGGUUUUCGAGAAAUUGGAAAUAAUAUUCGAAUUAGAUUUAUAAACACGUUCUGUGUGAUUGUAUUGACUUGAUGGUUAUUUAAUUAUUUAUCAUUUAAACGCUAUUAUAUAGAAUGGAGCCUGUGUUUACUGUAUUAGUAUUUAGUUCCGUAGUUGUUGCAUUUGUUAUUUUUAACUAUGCAAAACUAAAACAUCAUAUGAGUUCGACGUUUCUAUCCGGUGAAGAUAUUAUUCUAACUGACACAAUUGAAAGGAAGAAUGAAAAUAGAAGACUACAUUUGCCGACUGUACGACAGCGGAAAAGUACAAACUUACCUUCCGGAAGGAUCGGAUUGGUACCAAGUGUGCUUCCGGUGCAAGAAAAGGUAGUUCCAUUGAGCGUCAAUUACCAUUUCACGCGGAAAUGCAAUUAUCAAUGUGGAUUUUGCUUUCACACAGCUAAAACAUCAUUCGUUUUGCCUCUUGAGGAUGCUAAACGUGGACUGUCACUGCUAAAGGAUGCCGGCAUGGAAAAGAUCAACUUUUCUGGCGGAGAGCCGUUUAUCGUGAAAAGAGGGGCGUUCGUUGGUGAACUAGUUAGGUUCUGCAAGGAGUCUUUACAACUACCGAGUGUCACUAUUGUGAGCAACGGAAGUCUCGUUACGGAGAAUUGGUUCAAAACAUACGGUGCCUAUCUAGAUAUUCUGGCUGUUUCUUGCGACAGUUUUGAUCCGGACACAAACGAGAAAAUUGGUCGACAGCAGGGACAGAAAAACCAUUUGAGCUCAUUAAGGUCCGUCAGAAGACUCUGUGCGGAAUACCAGGUGGCGUUUAAGCUGAACUCAGUGGUGAACACUUACAACAAGGAUGAAAACAUGGUUGAAGAGGUGAAACAACUUAACCCGUGCAGAUGGAAGGUCUUCCAGUGUCUUUUGAUAGACGGAGAAAAUGCCGGGGCAGAUGCCAUCAGGAAUGCCCAGACGUUUGUCAUAUCGGACGAGGAGUUUCAAUCUUUCCUUGAGAGGCAUCGGGAUGUUGAGUGUCUGGUACCUGAAUCUAAUGAAAAGAUGCAAAACUCGUAUUUGAUUUUGGACGAAUAUAUGCGAUUCCUGGACUGUACCAAAGGCAGCAAGCAGCCAUCAAAGUCGCUUCUGGACGUCGGCGUAGAUAACGCCUUAUUGUUCAGUGGAUUCGAUGAGAGGAUGUUCUUCAAGAGAGGGGGACAAUACGUUUGGAGCAAGGCAGAUAUGAGACUUGAGUGGUAGUCGCCCUUACAAGAGAUCAUUCUGUGUUAUACAAAGAGAUAAACACUGUUUUUACUGUUAUAAAACUUGAGAGGUUGUCUCCCUUGCAAGAUAGUAUUCCGUGUGUAUACAAAUAGAUAAACAAUGUAUGCCGUUAUAAAGCUUGAAAGGUAGUCACCCAUGCAAGAGAUUAUUCAGUGUAUAUACAAAUAGAUAAACAUUGUAUGCCGAAAAAAGGCUUCAGGGGUAGUCUCCGUUGACAUAAUUUAAGUCCGAUGAAUUUUAAUGUAUAUGUUAAGAUAUAUACAUCUUAUGUGGUGUUGAGAAGUCAUCCUUGCCAAUGAACUGAGAUCUUGUGUCAAUAUGUACAUAUGUUUUAAUAUACUCAAGAUAUAACCUUGAAAAACCUUAAAAAGAAAAUUCGUUGUCUGUCAUAACGGUUUUGUGUGAAAGUGUCUGUUUUUUAAAACCUUUGAUUAAGACAAAAUAACUAUCUAUAUUAUCAAGAUGCAGCAUACGAAUAAUGUUUCGUUUUUGUUGGCUUCCUUAAAAUGUAUUGACAUUGUUACUUCGUGGUCUCUUUUCGGUGUUAUUUCUUUAUAUCAAAUUGGGUGUGGCUUUUAUAUAUCUAUAUCGAUUCUUUACGUCUAGAUAUUAUUGCUUUCUCUUUUUAUAGUAUAAUUCGCAUAGAUCGGAUUACGUACAUGUUUAUGUAUGGUUGGUUGCUGUAUACAUUACUAAAAUAUUGUUAAACGGCAGCUAUCAUAAUAUUGUUAUAUACUAGCUUUUAUGCAAACACGACCAAACUAAGUCAGAUAUAUGUACAUAUUUUUUUUAUUAUACACAUGUAAGAUAUGUAUAUAAAAAUCCCAAAACGUUGACUUUCAUAACAGUCCCAUGUGAAAAUGUCUGUUUUUGACAAAAUAAUUAUAAUUGUUAUCAACAUGAGAUAUAUGUAUUAUUCUUCCUAUGAAUUUCGUUUUUUAUUAGCUUCUUUUAAAUGUAUUGACUUUAUUACUUCGUGAUCAUUUUCAUUGUUUCAUUGAUAUUAUUGCUCUUUCUUCUCGUGUUUGGUUUGUUGCUGUAUACAUUACUAAAACAUUCUGAAACGGCAGCUUCCAUUAUAUUGUUAAACACUAGCUAUUGCGCCUAUAUAAUCACGACCAGUAUCAUUCAGUUUUAGCCUGAGAGACAGUAGUUGUCAUUACAUUAUCAUAUAUAUGCUAGAGAUUGUGCCUAUCGCAAUCAGAGACAUUGAACUUUAGCUUGUUUAACGGCUUGUUGUCGAUAAACAGUUAUAUAAUAGUAAUAUGCCUACGGCAGCUAUCAUCAUAUUGUUACAUAAAAGUGAUUAUUGAUUUCAGAAACAAAGUAGUCCGUUUUAGCUUAAA